AUGGUUUCACUGCUCGAUAUCCCCCGCGAGGUGCGCCAUAAAAUCCUUACCUUUGUCGUGUCCACUCCAAAACCACCUCCAUCGGGUCACUCGGAUGCUGGUCCACGAAUACGUUUGCCGUAUAGUCCGUGUAAAGGAUGGCAUAGAAAUGUCCAGUACUGUCCGCAUAUGAAUAGGACCAAAGAAUUCUCUACACUACUUGUCAACCGCCAGCUCCACGAUGAGACGCUAGCAGCGAUUGAUCUGCUCUCAAGAAAACCUACUUAUAUCUUGGAUAUUAUGGUUGUAGAUGGCAGGUCACUGUGGCCCACAUGGUUAUCCGUCCCGGCCUUGUCAAAGUCUGUUGACAUAGUGUAUUCGACGCUCCGGAUUGAUACCACGAGCUCCGACAUGACAAUGAGCGGAUUUCAAAGGGGCAGUGGUGGAUUCCCACUCAUCACCCUGAGUUUUUAUGGUGUUUUGGAACGAUUUCUAAGAGUUGGGCCGGCAGUCAAUCCGGCGUUGCAGGAGGAGGAACUUAUUUCGAUCAAUAUUCUCGAGAUAGAUGUUGAAACUCCAGAAGAGCGCCGAGGAAUCCAACCAUCACCCGAAAGCUUGAAGGAGUUUCGCUGCGGAUGGGAUACGCAGCCGUUGAGGUCGGAACUUUUGGUUGGCUUCAUAACAACAUAUAUCAGCAUACUACUAUACAUGGGUUACCAUACUGCUGAGUAUGGCAGUAUAUUGUAUGAAAGGAUUGGUACUAUCCGGGUUUUGCGAGAUGGAAAACUAGAACGAGAGUGGGAUAUGGCAAAGGGGUUAAGGGAUAUUAAGUUCGACGAGUCGAUUGGGAAUGUGACCCGCGAGGAGCGGUCGGAAUAUUUCAAGAAGUGGAAGCUUCAGGCUUACGAAACCCGGGCCCAGCUGGGCUUGCCUGUCUUGCCGCUGGACGAAGAUAGCACAACUUCGACGUAA